UUGUUAAGAUCAUUCUCUUGUUUUGUUACUUAAUAGGAGAAUAUGCAAAUAUAUACUAAUACAGAAGAAUAUGCAAGAGUGUAACUUUGAUAAUAAUGAUCCAUUUGCCAGAGAUUGUAUGGUAGCAUGUCGAUGUUGAAUAUAUUUCUGCUAUCCUUCUUCUGGUUUCAAUCUCAAUAUUGCUAUGCAAUUUAUAACAUAACUUCAUCCCAAGCCUUAUCUCAAACACAAACUCUACUCUCAUCCAACCAGACUUUUGAGUUAGGUUUCUUUAAUCCAAAUAAUUCUGCAAAUCAGUAUGUGGGCAUUUGGUAUAAGGAUAUUUCACCCCGCACUGUUGUCUGGGUCGCCAACAGAGAGAAACCGCUAAAAGUUGCAGAUUCUGCUUCGGCAAGUCUCACGAUUGGCAGUAACGGAAAUCUGGAGCUUCUGAGUGGUAAGAACAAGUCUGUUAUCUGGUCAACUUAUAUUCCUGUCCGAUCAAAUGGUUCAAUUGUAGAGCUUUCAGAUAAUGGUAACUUGGUUUUGAAAGAUGAAAAAACAGGAGAAAACUUAUGGCAGAGCUUUCAACACUUAGGGGACACAUUCUUACCUGGAGCAACGUUAGGUUACAAUCUCAAAACUGGAGCUAAUUAUGUGUUGACCUCUUGGAAGAGUGACAAUGAUCCAUCACCAGGGAAUUUCACACUUGGAAUCUCGAAACAGUUACCCCCGCAAGUUUACCUUUGGAUCAAUGGAAAAUUGCCUUACUGGAGAAGUGGACCAUGGGACAAAUCCAAGUUUGUAGGAGUACCAGAUAUGGAUACAUCAUACCAAAGUUUUUUUAUUCUUGAACAAGACUUUGAGAAGGAAACAGCAUUUCUACAUUUCAAUUUGUUGGACCAAUCCUUGGUCACAAAAGCGUUUGUUUCAUCUCAAGGUCUUCUAAGAUUGUUCUUGCAUAACAAAUACAAUGUUAGUGGCUCUUGGUAUCCUACCUGGGAGGGAGGAACAAGUCGAUGCGACGUAUAUGGAACUUGCGGAGAGUUUGGGGUAUGCACAAAAUCUCAAUCUCCAAUUUGCAAGUGCUUAAAAGGGUUUGUACCAAAAUCAGACCAAGAGUGGAGAGGGUGCAAGAGGAGAACCGACUUACUUUGUGGGAAAAACAACAUUAGCCAAUCUUCAAAUGGAAGAGAAUCAGAUGGAUUUUACAAGAUGAGUAUGAUAAAGCUUCCAGACUUGUAUACAUUUGUGAACAUUAUUAAUGCCAACAAUUGCUACAAAUGGUGCAUGAAUAAUUGUUCUUGCGUAGCUUAUGCUUUUGUAAAUGGAAUAGGGUGUUUGGUUUGGUCAGAAGAUCUUAUUGACAUUCAGGGCUUUUCCAAUGGUGGGGAAGAUCUGUUUAUUCGCCUCGCACAAGCUGAUCUUGUGGGAGGACACAAAUCCAGGAAGACUGUCAUCAUCCUCGCAUUUAUUUCUGGUAGUGCUCUUCUCGUAAUCGUUGCUAUUGCUUUCAUAUUUAAAAGAUGGAGAACGAACCAUAGAACUGGAAUAGCAGAGUCUCAACUACAGAAUCUCAAAAGUGCCAAACAACAAGAUCCAUCGGAGUUAUGUAUUUUUGAAUUGGAUACUGUUUUAGCUGCUACAAACCAUUUCAACAUCACAAAUAAACUCGGACAAGGAGGGUUUGGCUCUGUUUACAAGGGAAAAUUACAAGAUGGAAAGGAAAUAGCAAUCAAAAGAUUGUCUAGUAGCUCGGGACAAGGCAUAGAAGAGCUUAAGAAUGAGAUGAUUUUGAUCUCUAAACUUCAGCACAGAAAUCUUGUGAAGCUCUUAGGUUGCUGCAUUGAAGGAGAAGAAAAGUUACUAAUUUAUGAGUUUAUGCCCAACAGAAGCUUGGAUACUUUUCUAUUCGAUCGAAGUAGAAGUGUACAGCUCAAUUGGGCUACACGGUUCAACAUAAUUCAUGGAAUUGCAAGAGGUCUUGUAUAUCUUCAUCGUGAUUCAUGUUUAAGAGUGAUACAUCGAGAUUUGAAAGUAAGCAAUAUUCUAUUAGAUGAAAAGAUGAACCCAAAAAUAUCAGACUUCGGAUUGGCACGAAUUUUCGAAGAGACAAUAGAUCUAGUAAACACUCAAAGGGUAGUCGGAACAUUAGGCUACAUGUCUCCAGAAUAUGCCAUGGGUGGAAUAUUUUCUGAAAAGUCUGACGUAUUUAGCUUUGGAAUGAUGGUAUUAGAGAUAAUCAGUGGGAAGAAAAACUCUAGCUUCCACUAUUAUGAGAAAGAGCUAAGUCUUGUUGAUUAUGCUUGGCAACUGUGGAAUGAAAGCAGAGGAUUAGAUUUGGUUGAUGAUGCAUUGGCCAAGUCAUACUCUGCAGCAGAAGCCAUGAGGUGCAUACAUAUUGGUCUUUUAUGUGUACAAUAUCAUGCAAGUGAUAGACCAACAAUGGUGGAUGUGGUUUCCAUGUUGAUCAAAGAAACACAUCUUCCUCAACCCAAACAAUCCUUCUUUACUUGCCAACGUCAACCACAAGCCGGAACUAGUUCCGUGAAUGAAGUCACAUUAUCAUUGUUUGAAGGGCGAUAAUAAGUCAUUUAAGAUUUAAGUUACUUUUGGAAACCGCGCGCGAGUCUUUCUAAACUAUUCGUUCAUAUCAAACAAACAAAGUAUGUGCAACUAUUCUCCUUAAAUUAAAUUACCUUAAAAGAACGAGUGUUGUUAUUCCAUUAUUACAUUUUUAAUUGUAUGCUAUUAGUAAAAA